AUGCAUCGUAUAUUGCGUCUGCGUCACGUCUUAGCGGCUGCUACACCGUUUCAUUCACGUGCGUCUUCAUGGUCAUUGUCUUCUGUAUCUCGUGCUGUUUUGGUGUACACAACAAGGUCGUUAUCGCUCCAGAAUUCGCGUUGUAACGUAGGAUCCACGUGUCGUCAAGUGCUCUAUCGAUCUUUCUCUUUUGUUGAAGCUUCUAGUGAUCUUCCAGCAGAUAAAAUAACAUUGAAAGGCACAAAAUUGACUGAAGAAGAGCGUGAUAGUAUUGUAACGCGGCUAAAAGCACGCUGCAACGCGUUAUACGACGACAACAAGGCGUUCGUAGCUCCAUCCGAAGCCCUGUGUCUCUGGUUGCAUGAUGUGCAGACGCUGCUGCAUCAGUACGAGCUCGUGCAAAUCAAUGAAGAAGUAGUUUGUGCUUAUGAAAGUGGGGUGGCAAUUGCUUCGAAGCAGCGGCAGUUUGAACUAGCGACGGCGUUGACUAAACAGAUGCAGGACAUUGGCUUUCGUCCGACGGAGAGAACGUAUCAGUAUCUCGUCCGUAAUGUAGCAUUACAGUUGAUUAGUGGAGCUAAAGAAACAUCAGUGGAUGAUUUACGUGAGAUACUGAAGGACGUGACGGAUGAUAUGUGGGAGCGUGAGAUCAUAAGCAUCGUGGAGAGAGAAAAACGACCGCUGCAACUCAAGACGGAAAAGGAGUUUGAACUCUUUCAUAAACGACUUAUUGCUGGCGUUGAAGCACAACUAGACGAGUAUGAAGGCGUCAUUGGUGUAGACAAUAACAAAGAAGUGAAGCGUAUGAAGUUGGUGGGACCGUAUAAUGAAGCUCUCCGUGUGUACGCGGACAAUAACGUUACCUUCUCCCGCAUGUUGGAGCUAAUGGUGGCGCGGAAUCUUGUAGUAAAUGUAGAAACCUAUGAAGCGCUGCUAUUGGGAGCACGUUGGAACGAGAUUCCAGCCACACUGAGUCAAUUGCUGGACUCGAAACUCGUUGAUGAACUCACUACGUCAGCUUCUUUUACGGCUAGUGAGCACGUGCGCAAUCUUUGGGUUAGCGCUAUGAAGGCAAUUGUGUACACUAGUACUGAGCGUUUCAACUCGCUGUCGGCUAGCGUGUACAAAAGAGACGUCGAUCAAUUGAGAAAGGUGUUCAUGUUUGUCGACAAGCAGCUUUCGAGUGCUUUUCCCAAGUUCAAUUUUGCCACGACAACGCAGUAUGAUGAGGUUUACACGAUACGCACGAAGGCUGCGGCUGCAUGCGGACUCACUACCCCUAUGAAAAGGAUUCUUGACGAGUACGUUCAGUGUGCAUCUUCCAGUUCAGAUGUUGAGAAGCCUGUGCUAUCGAAGAACCCAUUCUUGUCAGCAUUAGAGAUUUUUCCAUGGUCAUUGGUAGAUGUUCUGGUGCUUUCGCGCGAAGAUGCUUUGGCCCGUGCGACAAGCCGCGAUGUGGCAAGCUCUCCGCGUGUGCUUGAAAUGCGACACAUGUACGAGCGCGUCAUGCGUAAGCUGACCAUAGCUACGGAGACUUUCAAGAAGAUUCAGCUACAGCUCACCUCAAAAGAUGGUAAGCUGGAUGAAAAGGAGUUGCGCGAGCUGCUGGCUCAGCAGAAUAUGGCACGCAUGGCUGUAGAACAGGAGUCCCGAAGAGCUACAAUUCUCGAAAGACGACUUGAAAAUGCACGUGUUCUCAAGGCUAAUCAAGUGUUGAUAAAGGAACACCUGAAGCGCGCGGACAAGACAGUGGACUAUGUGCUAAACAAACUGCUAGAUGCGGGUUACGAUGUGGAGAACGAUUUGGAUGUGAGCGUCAAGCUCAUGGAACAGUAUAUGAACUCGGCUCGACGCUUGGAUAAGCGUCUCACACAGCGAAAGAUGCACGUAAGCCCUCAUAUGAUGUAUCGUGUGUUUAAGCAGGUCAAGUCAAUUUCAGGCGCCGUGAAAUUUGGUGUGUUGGACCCGCAGGAUCCGAAGACUCGUGAGCAGUUGACCAAAUUCUUUGAGCAUGCUGUAUGCGCUGCCGUGCGCUUCUGGCGUGAAGAGGAGACAGAUGCUCUCGUGCGCCAGCAGCAACGAUUGCUAGGCACUCAGCAGCUAACCCAGCGCGAGUACGACCAGCUCAUCUUUCAACGUGUGACGAGUCUUGAUGUACGCGGCGCUCACUCACUAUUGCAGGAAAUGCACAAUGUGGGCAUGAAGCCGUCCCAGGAAGCCAUUCAUUGCAUUGCGCUAGGAUUACUGCACCGACGAAAUGCGUGGCCACGCGAUACACACUUUGCGUCAUUUGCUGAAGAAGACGGUGGAUUUGACGCAGAAUCUCAAGAUAAAGCUGAUGAGGAGGGUGAAGGCGAGGCCGAGGACCCCACAACAGCAGCAGAGGUAGCGAUGGACUCAGAGUUGUCAGAUUUACUGAAUAUGUCAGAUCAGGAAGCUAUCGAAAAGGAACUUGGAUUGAGUGGAGCAUUGAAAUUAGAAGACGAUGACGACAAGCUCAGUGCUGAAAGUGCAGUAACAGCAGCACGGUCUGUGUUGCUUGGCUCGGACGAACCUGUGACUGUGGAGGAUCUCAUUGGCUUUUUACAAGACUGGUACAAUCUUUAUGGCGUGACACCUCUUGGCAAGACGGUGGUACCUGUAUUUGCUCAAUUGCUUGACACCAACAAUUUUCCUGAAAUGCGCCGGUUGUUGCAGAUUUUGGAAUCCAUGGAAGGGGGUCUAACCCCGGGCACGGAGCUUUGGCUUGAGAGGCGUAUCAGUCACCUUGGUGGAAAGACGUUGGACGACUUUCGACUGACAAAGUAA